AUAUAAGGCCAAUCGCAAAGAUAAUUUAGUUCAUAUAGAGGAAUCUUCUUCAGAUAUAUUCCUGAAUAAAGCAAAAUGGAAUUUUUUCGAACUAUUUUGGCGCUUGCUCUGAUCGGUUUGGUCGCCGUUACUUUGCCGACUGUCUUCGCUGGUAAAAAUAAAAUAAAAGUUUCCGGUUCAGACUACCAAAUAGACGAAGUUAAAAUUAAAAUACAAAGAGUAGAAGCAUUGCUACAGAGAAACCAACAGCUGCAAUCGGAACUUCAGCAAAUGCUAGAAAAUGCAUGUACUUCUCUUCUUUCGCAAAACGGACCAACUGAAAAUGCAUCAUCAUCUGGAUCCGUAUCUUAUGAAGUGGACGAAGUGGACGAAGUAAUAGAUGUAGCAGUAAUGGCAAGACUAAUUAAAGACGUGCGAAUGAAAAAUGUUCACAGUCUAUGUGACUAUCUUCUUACACAAAAAAAGAAAAGUUCGAGGACAAAAGUGUUGAAUGAGAUAGAAAAAGUAUCAGGCGUUAUGGACCCCGAGACAAAAGGCAAAUUCGACCAUUUAAGACUCGUGUCAGAUAACUUGGUGGGAUGGAAAUAGAGCGAUUCUAGUCAACUAUUUAUUGAAUUUGAUUGGCUACUAUAGAAAUUAUAAUUAAUUUCUGUAUUGAAAAAUGUAAUGAAUUGUUACAGCUCAAUAAAAAACAAACACCUAC